GAUUAUAAAAGUAGAGAGAUUUUUGGAAGAUGCACAGUUCAAUUUGUUCGAAAUAUCUGCAACAUGCAAGUGAUUUUGGUACUCUUCGCUCUUUUCGUUGUGGCUUUGUCCGCUCCAAAUGGACUAACCCUGGAGCAAAAGGCCAUGAAAUGCCAAGAACCGGGGCCAAUCGACAAAGACUUGAUGAAAAAAAUGUUCCGCGGAAUUUUCACCGAAGACGACAACUUCAAGAACUACGUACUUUGUAUGCUAAAAUUCGAAGACUUAAUCACCGCUGACGGCAAAUUAAACGAGGAGCAUAUGAAGAGCGUUUGGGCCAAACGCUAUAAUGGCGACCUUCAAGAAAAGUUGAACAAAUGUUUAGUUAACAAGGACACACCCGUAGAGACCUCCUGGGCUUUGAUGAAAUGCCUUUACACCGUUCAAGAACAACUCAACGUUUUUUGUACCGUAAUCGAACACGAACACUACGUUGGAUGCGGUCUUUAGUUUUAUUGUUCAUUUAAUAAAUAAACCACGUUUUUAAAACUAUUUUUUUCACUGCUCCU